CGCCCGUCACCCGCCCGCCCGUCACCCGCCCGCCCGUCACCCGCCCGCCCGUCACCCGCCCGCCCGUCACCCGCCCGCCCGUCACCCGCCCGCCCGUCACCCGCCCGCCCGUCACCCGCCCGCCCGUCACCCGCCCGCCCGCGUCCACCGCCCGCCCGUCCGCCGCCCGCCCGCCCGUCCGCCGCCCGCCCG